AUGGCAGCAUCUGCUGCUCAAAACACAAGUUUCGAUUCUAACGCAAUUGAGCAAAUCACUAAUUAUCCGGGUAUAGAAAUCCUUGAUGGAAAACAAGGAAUAGUUAAUGAUUUAUUGGUGAAUGGUCGUAGUGUACUUCGCAAGUACGAGCAACUCAUACCUCCAGAGAUAUUUUCAGACGAAAUUAAUGACGAUAGUGAGACCCCUCUGCUGCAGCUAAUCAAAGAUCAAUUGAGAAAAUUUUGGGAGUCAUCAUUUCAAGGCUAUCCAAAUGCACUCUCGUUCAUCGACGGCGUUAAAUCAGACAAUCCAGACCAUUUCAGGAGUGUUCCACAAGCUACGGUAGAAAGUGGUGGAACUUUAACUCCCAUCGUCUUUGCUGUUCUUCAACUUUUAUUCCACGCUCUCGAUCCUGUUACAGACAAAGAUACUUUAAGAGAAAUUUUCAACUCCUUGAAAAACGAAGGAGUCCAUAGUUUGCGAAAAUUUGCUGACUAUAUAUUAGAAGACGAAUUAGAAGAACAAUUAAAAAAUCAGGAAUCUCCAGUAGUUCAAGCAUUACUGAUGUACAACAAAGAACAAGUUCCUACAUUAUUGAAGAAAACCAAAAUUCCAAAUACAAAACAUCUCUACAAUAUCGCAGCUAAGAGUGUCACCGCUUCCGGACUGCUGAAAGGUAUUGAAGCGAUUCGACCAAAAAUUGCGCCAGUCUUGUAUAAACCAUUAACUGAAUCUCUUGGAAGCACCAGCAGCGCGUCUCUGCGACAACCACCAUCUGCAGCAUGUGGGACAGGUCGAAUCGGUAAGUAUU